AUAGAGAAGAAAAAAAACGGUCUAUAAAAGGUCAAACUCAGUAAGGCUCACACAUCCACAAGCCUCUAACAAAUUUUUCUCCAAAACCUCUCUCUAACAUUUUACCUUUAACACAAAAGAAAAAAAAAUGGCAAGUGGUAACCCUGUAACCGCCAAACCCACGCCUGCACCGGUGGACAUGGCGAAUCCCGAGGAGCUCAAGAAGGUUUUCGACCAGUUCGACUCCAACGGCGACGGCAAGAUCUCGGUGACCGAGCUCGGAGGCGUUUUCAAGGCCAUGGGGACUUCCUUCACCGAGACGGAGCUCAACCGCGUCCUGGAGGAGGUCGACACCGAUCGCGACGGCUUCAUCAACGUGGACGAGUUCUCCGCUCUCUGCCGCUCGUCCUCCUCCGCUUCCGAGAUCCGCGACGCCUUCGAUUUGUACGAUCAGGACAAGAACGGGCUCAUCUCCGCGGCCGAGCUCCACCAGGUGCUUAACCGCCUCGGGAUGUCGUGCUCCGUGGAGGACUGCACUAAGAUGAUCGGGCCUGUGGACGCUGACGGCGACGGGAAUGUCAAUUUCGAGGAGUUUCAGAAGAUGAUGACGUCUUCCUCCCUCGCUAACAGCAACAACGGAUCCGCUCCUGCUGCGGCGGCGAACGGUGGUUCGGCCUAGGGUUUUCUAGAUUUCGUAUGAGGAUCCUCUCUAAAACUGGGAAGAAUAAUUACUACUAUGCUUCUUUUAGGUACUUUAAAAAAAAAAAAAAUGUGAUAAAAAAGUCUAACUUCGAUCCAUCGUUGUUUGGUGUUGUUCUUCUGAAAACAGAUUUGCUUUUCUAAUUUCCUCAUCAUCUACCUUCUCGAUGCUAUAGUUUCGAACCGUGGUUACUCUGGCUUUGAAACCGAAUCAGAUUUUCUACGUCUUGAAAAGUUACAAAUUUUCAAUGGAAACUGAUUCAAUCA